AUGAGUUCUGAACACGAAGAAGGUAAUAACGCCAAAAUGGGCGGAGGCUGCAUCAAAGGCUAUGCAGAAAAACGUGAAAAUUCUUUUGGCUUUCGCAUUCACCCGAAAAAGAAUGUAAGAGCAAAAUACGCAAAUCACUAUGAAAUUCUUCGACUCUUUCUUGAAAUUCAUAGGAUAAAAUAG